GGUACAAGUCUGAACUUUAGAAACCAAUCCCAGGCCGAGCGUCAGAGUCUGUAUUGGCGUGCAGAAGGGCGUGUUUUCUCUAUUUAAACCGGAGGCGUUGCGCUGAUUCCACGCAGAGACGCAUCUUACCUGGAGAGGACUGAUCACAGCGCAGCCCAGAAAGCUUCCAAAAUGAGCGACAGCAACCCAGUCAAUCAGGAGGUGGAGCAGUUUAACAAGAAGAAGCUUAGGAAGACCAGCACACAAGAGAAAAACCACUUUCCAACCAAGGAGGAAAUUGAAGAAGAGAAGAAGGCGAUGAAAGACGGGACUAACUGAAGAGCGUCUGCUAUGAUUCCUCUUCGGUCCUGCUCGGUCACGGGCCUGUCUUCCAACUAGGACUCAUGUCUUUUCCUCCACUGUUUUUUUUUAAUCUUUGUGUUAACACUAUGGGGGAAAAAAUCUCCCCCCACCCAAAGUUCAUCACUGCACUGGGUGCAUGAGAUUGUAUUCUUUACAAACAGCUAAGAGGGUGUAAAUCAUUUUGAAAUGCUUGGUGCCAAGUUUAGCGUAAGGGACCAGGUGGAAAAAUUAGACGUGUUGUACUGAAGAAUUCCAACAAAAAUAAUGCAUUAUUACCAACACUGAGUAUGCCUGUAAAUGGUGCCAUUGAAGAAAACAUUGUUUAAAAAAGAAGACAAAAGAUGAUAUUUUAGUUUUAAUAAAAAUCAAUGUUGUCAAAUG